UCACUUAAAACUUUAUUUGGCUGUAAGUUUGUGUAGCAGUGACUGUUACAUCAAAUAUCUCUCUCACACAAACAUACACACACACACACACACACACUUUUCUUACUUUUCCAGGCACCUCUCAUUUCUAUUGUCUGGAAACGAGGUUGCACAUCGCCUCCUCGUGUGUCCAGGAACAGGACGCACCUUUCUUGGGGACAGCAGGGCGUUGAAAUGAAAGCCGUCCCAGUGAACAAUUAACAGCCGCAGAUUGACAGGUGGGCUCUGACUGUCAGGGUGACGCUUGUGGAGGGGUGGAGUAAAGGAGAGGCCGGAAAGGCAGCUGGAUGUGUCUGUCUAUCAGUGGGAGCUGUCGGAACGCACCACGCAUCACCAAUGUGCGCACAUUUCACUGCGGAGAAAUAUCCGGGGACGCUCCUCCUUGCGCCUAUAAAAUAAAUAAUAACAAUAAAUAAAAAUCAGGGAAUAAUAACAGCUGAGACCCGGAAUCUGCUCGCUUUUUUCCUCUUUCUAUCUUUUUUUUUCUGUGAUGACUUUGUGACAAAUUCGUCAAGUGUCCGUGUUGACAGUCGGGCGGUAAGCGUAUGUGAGUAGCCUGUUUCUUUAUCCAGUGGGUGCUUUCAGGGAGAUGGGAUGUGAGUUGAUUGCUCCGGGGUUUCCACACGCUCACACUUGACUGAUUGACAUACACCCAGCCCGCCUAACGUGUCACUCUUUCCUCUCCUUUUUUCUCCCCUCCUGAUUUCCUCCUGUAGCUGGAGGAGACCGGAGCUGUGGCACCUGGACGGAGGGAGAGAUCGCAGUUUUGGACUCAUCUUCACCGCGGAGUGUGAGUUAAUACGCACGAGCCGGAUCUCCGUUUUCUUCACUCUUGUUGUUUACGGGGGGAUGAAAUUGUCCAGCCAGCGGGGCGAACGUAUUUUUGAUGGAAACGAGGCGACUGGCUUCAGGCAGCUCUCCCAUAUAAUCCCUGCCCGACAGACUGAGAUCCGCACGGAGCUUUCUGCUAGUUUUCAGCACGCCAGCCUGCGAUGAGUUCUUCUGGCAGAAGUUAAAGGACGAGCCCCCAUUUUUCCUUUUGAUUUUCUUUCUUUUUUCUUCUCUAAACGAUCCGCAUCGUUUUCCUCGCCGGACAGCCCGAUAAUAACAACGAUCAAAAUAAAUCUCAGAAACAUUUCUUCAGCAUCGUCCCCAGCCGAAGAGCCCAAUGAACGGCUGCUGGCUCUGAUUUCGUCGCCUUGCGCCGGUUUCCUCUCCAGCUCGUCCGCUAUUUUGAUCUCUGCAUGAAAAGUCCAGCGGAAAGUCUCGCAGCAGCAUGCCGAGGAGAAAGCAGCAAGCACCGCGGCGGUCAGCAGCUUAUGGACCUGAAGAUGAAUUCAAGGGUGGCAAAGCCGAUGAAGAGGAACAUCUUCUGGAUGAUGGCCUUUCCCUGGAUGGUCAAGAUGCAGACUAUUUUUUCAAUGAUGAGGAAGACGCAAGAGAUCGUUAUAGCUGCCAGAACUCUCCACUCAGCAAUGGCACUAACCCAGAUGCUGGGUAUGCUUCUCCCCUCAGCACUACCAGUGAUCAGCUGGUGGACCUUAAGACUACCCCCUCCUUAAGUGAUCCGGACAGGGUGGAGGAGAAGCUGGGGGAAGGUAGUGAAUCCAUCAAUGGCCUUUCACUACAGGACAGUCUGGAAAAGAUGAAAGCCGUCUAUGCAAACCUGAUCUCGGAUGCCUCUUGGUCCAAUGUUGCUCUGGACAUGCUUAAAAAUAAACAAGGAAACAAUAUUUCAGCAAGCAAUGGCAGUGGGAGCAAUCACAAAGGGAGCAAUGGAUUCCUGAACAGUCAUAGCCCGGGAAAUGUCCAUGUAAAGAACAGAUGUAGCAGUAACAACACUUCAGUAACAACAAAUAUUACCACCAGCAGUACCAGUGCAAGAACAGUGUCGAGUAACGGCAACAGUGGCAUCAGUGUAAGCUCUGGCAGUACAGGAGUAGCAUAUGAUUGGCAUCAAGCAGCCUUGGCUAAAACUUUGCAGUAUAAUCCGUAUCAACUCCUUCCUGAGCCCAGCCUUUUCAGCACCGUGCAGCUUUAUAGGCAAAACAACAAGCUGUAUGGCCCAGUGUUUACUGGAGCUAGCAAGUUUAGGUGUAAGGACUGUAGUGCUGCCUAUGAUACUUUGGUAGGACUAACUGUACAUAUGAACGAGACUGGCCACUACCGAGAUGACAACAAAGAUGCAGAGGAUGAUCGAAGCAAGAAGUGGUCCAAGCCACGAAAACGUUCCUUGCUGGAGAUGGAAGGCAAAGAAGAUGCCCAGAAAGUUCUGAAAUGCAUGUACUGUGGCCACUCUUUUGAAUCACUGCAAGACCUUAGUGUUCACAUGAUCAAAACAAAACACUAUCAAAAAGUGCCUCUAAAAGAACCAAUGCCAGCCCUCACCUCAAAACUGGUCCCCCCAACCAAAAAAAGAGCGUUUCAAGACUUGAUGUCGCCGAGCUCACCAGAGUCCGUCUCAUCUGGCAUACACCUGGGAGAAUCUCCAAAAGACCAAAAACUGGCCAAUCCUUAUGUCACUCCUAAUAAUCGAUACGGUUACCAAAAUGGUGCUAGUUAUACUUGGCAGUUUGAGGCACGAAAGGCACAAAUUCUCAAAUGCAUGGAAUGUGGCAGUUCGCAUGACACCUUGCAACAACUGACAGCCCACAUGAUGGUCACGGGACACUUUCUUAAAGUCACAAAUACAGCAUCUAAAAAGGGGAAGCAGCUAGUUUUUGAUCCUGUGAUUGAAGAGAAAAUACAGUCGAUUCCCUUGCCUCCCACUACCACACGGCUCCCGCCGCCCAAUGGUAAGCCACACCCUGACUCCCCAUUGCAGCCCUCCAGCCCUGAGGAGAAACACGAAGAAAAGAAAGAUGAAGAUACAGAGGACGAGAAAACUGAAGUUAGGGAACCAGAGAGACAAAUAAAAGAAGAAAAAGAAGACCUCCCUGAAAAAACAGACAAACCUGAAAGGGCCAGGUCAUACCAGUACCUUACAGAAGAAGAUUUAGAAGAAACACCUAAAGGUGGGCUGGACAUCCUGAAGUCUUUAGAGAACACAGUUUCAAGUGCUAUCAGUAAGGCCCAAACAGGAACACCAACCUGGGGUGGAUACCCCAGCAUUCACGCUGCCUAUCAGCUCCAUGGAUCUCUGAAGCCUUUGCCCUCAUGUGCACAGGUUCAACCUUUGUUCAGUAGCACUAGUUUGAAGGUAAUGUCCUCUGAGUUAGGCUCUCUGAUCCAUUCCCCAAAUAGCCCCUCUCCACCCCCAAGUCACAAGAGCAAUGUGCUGGCCAUGGAAGAGCUAGUGGAAAAAGUUACAGGGAAAAGCUUAGUGAAGAAUGAGAAAGAGGAAAAACCUGUAGAGAAUAAGUGUAGAUCUGCAAAGUCACCAGUGCUAAAUCCUAAGGACAAACAGGCUUCACCGUAUCCUGAAAACCUCUCAAAGAUACUGAAGGACAGUGAAUUGGAGGAUCGGAAUGAGCUAAAGGGCAAAGAAAGAGAGCAAACAGAGAGUAAAAUAAAUAUAAAAAUAAAAACUGAAGCGGAUUCGCCCAAAAAGACAGUAAGCAAUGGCUGCAGUAACCUGAGCAUCAUCACUGAUCAUUCACCAGAACAAUCCCUUGUUAACCCUCUUAGUGCUUUGCAGUCCGUCAUGAACAACCACUUGGGGAAAGCGGCAAAAGUGUCCACACCCUUUGUAGACCCAUUUGCAAUGCUUUAUAAGAUCAACAACUCUGCCCAGAUUAAGCAAACAGAUCCUAUGAGUCACUACCACAAUGAUGACGACGUCAAUGAUGAUCAGCCCAUCGACUUGACAAAAUCCAAAAACAGCAAUGGAAGCACAGCUAAGGGGACUCUUGCGACACCUAACAGCAAUGUAAACAACACCAGGCCGGUCUUCAAAGAUUUCUCUCAGACAUCAUCGCCACCUCUAAGAGAAAAUGCUUUGAUGGACAUUUCAGACAUGGUGAAAAAUCUGACGGGUCGUUUAACACCAAAGUCUACAACCCCAUCUUCCAUCUCAGAGAAAUCCGAUAUCGAUGGCUGUACUUUGGAGGAUGGCAUGGAAGAGCUAUCUCCCAUUCAAAGACGGAAAGGCAGACAGUCAAACUGGAAUCCCCAACACCUCCUGAUUCUUCAGGCCCAGUUUGCCUCCAGUCUUAGAGAAACCCCGGAAGGAAAGUUUGUAAUUAGUGACUUAGGACCCCAGGAACGGGUCCACAUCUGUAAAUUCACUGGUCUCUCAAUGACUACUAUCUCACAUUGGCUGGCCAAUGUAAAAUACCAGUUAAAGCGGACAGGGGGAACAAAGUUCCUAAAAAACAUGGACUCUGGCCAGCCUCUGUUUUUGUGCAGUGACUGUGCUUCCCAAUUCAGGACUCCUUCGUCCUAUAUUCACCAUUUGGAGUCCCACCUUGGUUUUACCCUAAAAGACCUUUCGAAGCUCUCCAUAGACUUAAUAGAGCAGCAGGCCGUCAGCAGAAUAGAGGACAAGACUUUUAGUUCACCUGGACUCACAGAAGAGGACACUGCCUCAAUAUAUCAGUGCAAACUUUGCAAUCGGACAUUUGUGAGCAAACAUGCAAUCAAAUUGCAUCUUUGCAAAACACACGGAAAAUCACCAGAGGCUCAUCUCAUCUUCGUGAAAGAGCUGGAAAAGUUCGAUAAACAAUGAAGUCAAAUAAAGCCGAUAGCAUGACAGAUAACUGUUGCACUAUGACUCUAAGCUACAAUCUGUCGUAACAGAUAGUGCCAAAGCUGUAUUUUUACAACACAUGAAAAUCGCAGGAGCUUUAAUACCGCACACGGUAAUUUUUCAGCUAAUAAAACAUGGCAGGAGCCUGCACUACAGAGGCUCUAGGCCAUACAGUAAACAGUGAAUUUUUUGGGUGACAAAUUAAAGUAGCGAUGGCACUACAUAGUCACUGACAGAUUGUUGCUUUCCUAAUGCACUGCAUCUUAUCUGAGCCUUUAAAAAUGGUCCACCUGUUGUUUUACAACUAAACCAUGCUCUUAUUUCGAUCACUGUUUCAGAAUCAUUUUCUAAGAUAAAUAUAUUUCAACACGACUUGCAUAUUAUUUAUGAGACAGUUUGUGCAUGUUUUCAUGUAAACCAGUGAGUGUAUUAUGUCUUAUGAAAAUUUCAGUCAUGACAACAAAACUGAAAUACCCGUUUAGCAAAUUUUGGAUACAGCUGUUUAUGUAAAGGUAUAUUGGGAAAGAAUAAGAGUGUUUUAAAAUGUUAAGGUGAUUUCAGCACUUUAAGUGUCAACUGAUGAAGAAUUGUACGAGUAAAAAGGACAACACAUUACUCUUUUUAGUUUUUAUGCCCUCGACAAACAUUUUGGGAAGCUGAUCAUAAAAUCGUUCGGUUUGCCAUCAAAUCACAGUAAGUUUUGCAAAAUAUUUAGGAUAUUUGUUUAUCUAGUAAAAUAUCAUUUCCUGGUUGUUUCAACGUGUACAGUAUUUGCUUUUGAAGGCUACCAAUUUUAUCAUUGUGAAGCUACAGUUGUAAAGUUAAUGAAGUUUAAAACUUACUGUAUAAAUAAUCAGCAAGUAUGUAUACAUGUAUGUCAGCAUAUCUUGCUCUUUAAAGUUCUGCAUUAUUUGUACUGUGUGCAUUUUUACAAUGUUAUUUUCUACACAAAUGUGAGGCAGGGAGGCUGUAUAAAGCUACAGGAUCGUGUUGGACCACGACGUCCUUUUUUCAGUAACCAGUAGGUCCCUAGGUGUGGUCUACAUAACGUGACAGAACUUACUGGCAUCUGUUCUGAUGCUUGGAACUGUAUAUAACAUUUAAAAAAAACAUUCUUCAGUGACUAAUUUCCAGGUUUUGUCAUCAACCCAGUUAUUCAGAAUGGCAUUCUUUUAUUCUCAGUUGUAAAAUA